AUGGAAAAUCAAAAGAACGGAAUUGACACUCUUUACAAAGGGUUUCUUGAACCACUCAAUUUUAUGAAACCCCAACCCAAGGAUUUGACUUAUGGAAGAGCCUCUAUUCCGUAUUCUCCAGAAGAAAAAGUUCUUCGUGAAGAACCCUAUAUUUGCACAGAACAUAAUUUACCUUUUCCUACUAGUGAUGAACCCGAAGGUUUCGUGUAUUAUCAAGCUUGGUCGUUACCCACCGCAAGCAAACAACGAAACACUGACAUCAUCUACGUUCAUGGGUUGAAUGAGUACGGAGGACGUUUUUCAGAAUUUGCCAUUCCCAUAUUAGAACAAGGCUUCCGCAUUAUUGCGUUGGACCUUCCAAGUUUCGGAAGGUCUAGUGGUUUGCAUGCAUUCUUCAAAAAUUGGCUGGACCUUAUUGAAGCAGUUCAUUGUGUUGUCAAUCAUGUAAAGCAAACGAAUGAGAAUGAAAACAAAAAAAGGAAUUUGAUUUUAUAUGGAUGUUCUAUGGGCGGAAUGGUUGUCGCAUCAUGCGCAAUUAAAUAUCCUGAUACUUUCGACGCGUUUGGCCUUUCGGCGCCUCUUGUAUACGUAGAAGAAGAAAGUCGUCCUAGCAAGUUUCUCGAGACAGUAGCGGAUGUUUUGAACAAAACUCCUUUAGGACGUAUGCCGAUAGCCGAAGCAAAUCGUGGAAAAAACAGUAGUGACCCAACUGUAGAAGAGAAAUUUUUGGCUGAUCCAUUGACUUAUCACGGAGAUCUGCGCGUCUCCACUGGUUUAACAUUGAGAGAUGGUAUUGAAUGGUUGCAAUCGAAUCUCGGAAAUAUCACAAAACCAUUUUUAGUACAGCAUGGCAUGAAUGAUCGUGCUACUCAAGUUAAAGGAUCAAGAGAAUUGUUUGAUAAGUCACAGACUCCAGAAGAUAAAAAAGUUAUUUUACUAUACGAAGAUUGCGAGCACGAGAUGUUCAGAGACCCUGUUGCUGGUAAAAAAGUUUUAUCUGAUGCGAUCAAUUGGAUGGUUACUACCGACGAGAGAUUAUGCAGUUCUUAG